UAUUUUAUAUGAGGAAUUCAAUGUUUUUAUUGUUUUCCUUUUUUAUAUAUUGUUUUUUCAUUAAUUUUAUAUAAUAAAUGGAUAUAAUAAUAAUUAUUAAUAUAUAAUAGUUUAAAAAUCUAGUUUAAUCCAUUCGUGAAACAGGGAGGGGCCCAAAAAAAUACAGUGUGAUUCCCAGAGAUUCUUAUUGGUCAGUUCCAGUUUGAUAACAUUACGUGGGAUUAACCUGAUUGGCACUAUUGGCAGUUUUCCUCCUCUUUUACAAAGCUCUUUAAUAAUAUGGAGGUGGAUGAUGAUGAUUUCCCUCCAAGGGACUAUCAAGUGGCACUCAUGGAAAUUGCUCGAAAGGAAAACACAAUAAUCUAUUUGCCUACAGGGGCUGGUAAAACCUUCAUUGCAAUUUUGGUCUUAAAGAGUUUGCAGGGGUCUGAAAGAAAAUACUCAGAAGGAGGAAAAAUUUCAUUCUUCUUGGUAAAUACAGUAGCUUUGGUGGAACAACAUGCGAAAUGUUUGGAGAAAAGAACUAAUUUAAAUGUAGGCAGAUUUUCUGGAGACAUGGGAACAGACUUUUGGCCCAGAACCAAAUGGUAUGCUGAAUUUGACAAAUAUCAAGUACUAGUAAUGACUUGCCAAAUAUUACUGAAUGUUGUCAACCAGAAUUUCUUGGAUUUAAAUAAAGUUAAUUUACUUGUCUUUGAUGAAUGUCAUAGAGGUGUAAAUGAUCAUUCCAUGAGACAAGUAUGUAAGUCAACACAACAUCUAAAGGAAAAGCCAAGAAUUUUAGGACUUACUGCAACCCUACUUAAUGGUAACUGCAAGCCUGACAAAGUAAUGAAACUGGUUCAGGAAUUAGAAAUUUCUUAUCUCAGUAAAGUAGCAACUGUUGAUGGGUUGUCUAAAGUUGCUGGAUUUUCUACAAACCCUAUAGAAAUUAUAAGAACCUUCAAGCCAAGCAAAUUGAGCCUCCAAGGGGCAAAAGGUUUAGCAAAUAUAGAAUUGUUGAUAGAGACUCUCAAAGUUAUCAAGACUCCAGAAAACAAAUUUAUUAAUCAAGUGUUAUUGGUAAAGCAAGGUUUAACACCUAUUAGCAAAACAGAAGGAUUGAAGAAAUUGGCAAAUUGUAUUAAAGACAUUAUUUAUAAUAUUCAAAUGAUGGGAUUAUAUGGUGGUACUAAAGUGAUAUUAGCCCAUUUAAUUCAGAUUGAACGAUUGAAAAAACAUUGCAAUGAUAGUUUUCUUUAUGAAACUUUGAAUUAUGUUCAGACAGCGUUAAUAGGUGUAAAUAGAACAUAUCUUAAAGAAAUGGAUGGUUUUACAGAGGAAGAAAAGAUAUUUAAGUUUUCUUCACCAAAGAUUUUGUUGCUGUUAGAAGUUCUCGACGAAUAUAUCCGUAGCAGGCCUAAAUCCGAGCUGUGUGCAUUAAUAUUUACACAGCGCCGAUUCACAGCCAAAGUCGUUUAUUAUAUUUUAAAGAGUUUGUCAGAAUCCUCUGCCACUUAUUCCCAUAUAAAACCAAACUUUAUGGUAGGCUUUAACUGUAAUCCAUACAAUGACACCAGGGAAAACUUGUAUUCAUCAAAAAUUAACAGAAAAGUCUUACAGUCUUUUGAUAAUAAAGAAAUUAAUGUUUUAUGUUCAUCAAAUGUAUUAGAAGAAGGGGUGGACAUUACAAUGUGUUCAUUGGUGAUUAAAUUUGACAGUCCCGAUGAGUAUCGUUCCUACAUUCAAUCAAAAGGACGAGCAAGAAAUCCGACAAGUUUGUUUUAUAUGCUGGUGCCUGAAGAGGAAGCUAGCCGAUUCAAUGUAAAAUACAGACAGUUUAAGGCUAUAGAAAAUACACUUGAACAGUAUCUAAUUGGAAAGAAUGAAUGGCGUCAAGGCCCCACCAAGCAGCAGAUUGAAGAAAUGUACAAUGAGGACGAAAUAAAACCUUAUUACGUCAACGGAUUGAACUCGGCAAAAGUGGAUAUGAUAUCUGCCAUAUCACUUUUAUCUCAAUACUGCAAUAGUUUGUCUUGUGACAAAUUUACUUGUCUUUCUCCAGAGUAUUUUCUGAUAGAUCGUAGAGGACAGAAAUUUGCCUAUCAAGUAGAAGUCAGAUUACCCGUUAAAUGCCCGCUUAUAGAAUCCAUUAUUGGACCGGAGAUGGGUUCACAAAAGUCAGCCAAAAGGGCUGCAGCAUUGUAUGCCUGCAUAAAGCUUCAUCAGAUAGGUGAACUAGACGAACAUUUAUUGCCAAAGAAGAAUAUCUUAGAGCCAGAAACGAUCGAUUUUCUGUUUACACACUAUCCCGUCGUAAAAGAACCAAUUGCCGGUACUAAUAAGAACAGGAGGUUACACAAAUUGCAGAUUCCUCAAUGUUUAAAGGGCAGUUUAAUCCCAAACAAGCCUGUAUGGCUUCAUGUAAUUGAUCUCCAACCAGACUUCGUUGAGCCUGUUAAUUUAAAUGACUCGACCCUGUAUCAGAUGUAUAAAUCAAAUCAAACGUACGGCCUCAUUACGCCAAACGAGGUUCCAUCUGUGUGCGAAUUUCCUAUUUACACCGCUUUUGGAGCCAUUAACGUAAAACUUCAAUUAAACGUUUCGAAUGUUUUAUUAAACCAGGAAGAAUUACAUAAUAUCCGAGAGUUUAAUGUUGUUAUACUCGGUGAUGUUUUAAAUGGGUUAAAACCUUUUAUUAUAAUAGACAAUGGAGAAGAGGCGGAAAAUAUGCUUUUCGUUCCUAUUAAUAAGGAGAUGAAAAUGAUUGAUUUUGAUGUUCUUAAGGAAAAUAAAACUGUUAGACCAUCCUGGGUGUCAUUAACCAGUGAAGAACGUUUGACGUUGACUGUGACAAACGAAAGUCAUCUGCACAAAGUUGUCUCUCCAUGGUAUAGGGACAUGGGGCCCCAUUUCCUGGUGUUAAAAAUCGAAUUUUCCGAAAACGCAAAAUCCCAAUUCCCACCGUUAGAUAAAAGCGAGCAACAUACGAAAUUUGUAAAAGUUUCAGAGGAACAGUCACAUUCCGAAACACCUGAAAAAAACUUCGAGCACGAAUAUCUCGUAACAGAAGUAACGUUAACAAAAACCGCUAAAAGUCAAUUUCCAAACGACAUGUUUGAAAGUUACGAAGAAUAUUACAAAGAAAAGCAUAAUAUAAGUUUGUUAAACCCAACAUUGCCACUGUUGUACGUCACAAGUCUAACUAAAAGGACAAACUUCUUCAAGCCACAAGGAACUCAAAAUAAACGAAAGAAAAAUUUUGAUAAGAUGGAAAUACAUUUGAUUCCUGAACUGGUAAUUAAACAAGAAUUUUCAGCUCCUCUCUGGAUACAAGCCAACUUAUUACCUACAAUUAUUUCUAGGUUAUCUUAUCUAUUUCGCCUUGAAGAGUUCCGCGUAAAAAUGGUUAAAGAAAUUAAAAUAGGAGACGAAUUUGUCCCAAUAAAAAAACCUUUAGAACUGGAUCCUCAUCAUAUAACUUACGAUCCCCAAAUCAGAGGGUUUCAGACCCCCAACAUGCUUGAUGCAUUCGAUCAAAAUCCGUCUACUACAAAAACGCACAUAAAGGAGAAUUAUGCAAAAAAAAUGCUGGAAAACGAAUAUCCGUGGAAGGACUCCGAUGAGCCCAAAGAUGUUGAGAGGGAUUUAACAGCGUCUAUUUUAGACAUCGAAUAUUAUGAGAAGUUUCUUUCCCAAAAGAUGUCGGAAGUAAAUCUUACACCUACUACUGCACCUUCUCAAAAUAUUGAAAUGAAGGCCAUUACUUUCUUUAAAGACUAUAAAUUUAUCCCCAUUAAACGAUUAGAAACUAGCAAUAUUUCCGUAGGACCUGAAUUAAACCUAAUUUAUAAAGCGAUGGCGACUAUUAAGGCCAACGAUAUCGUUAAUAUGGAACGACUGGAGACUUUGGGAGAUUCAUUUUUAAAAUAUAUUGCAUCGCUUUACAUUUAUUUGCGUUUUCCUACAUUCAAUGAAGGGUCAGCGACCACCCUCAAAGGAAGAUUAGUAAGCAACAAGAAUUUAUUUUAUUUGGGAGUUCGGAAAAACAUCGGGGGAAUAAUGAAAGUAAAGGAUCUCGAAUUGGCUUCUUGGUUGCCUCCAGGAUUCAAAAUCCCCGAUUUGAUCGAGGAACGCAUAAAUAAACACGAAACUUCCUUGGCUUCCCUUUAUAAAAUUGAAAUCCCCUUGGAGCAACAAAUAAGCGGAGUGAUCUCGGAGGAAACGAUCAAAACCAUUAGGAAUGCAACAACUGCAGUUGAUCCCAGUGAAGAUGGUCUUGUGCAGGACGUUGCCGAAUAUUUUAAGAGCAAUUUUAUUGGGGACAAAAAUGUCGCCGAUUGUGUUGAGGCUUUGCUAGGAGCCUACAUCGAAACCUGUGGAAUAAUUGGAGGUAUCCGAUUUGUGGAAUGGAUGAACAUAAUCCCACCAUCAGAAAACUUGCUACACUUGCUACAAAUGCCUUUAAAAAGUCCAAUAAUUGACCCAACGAAAUUUGAUAAAGAUAUAGAUUUCCAUUUACGCGAUCGUGCUAAAGUCGAGGAGAUUUUGGGAUAUGAAUUUAAGAACAAAGGGUAUUUAUUGCAGGCACUCACCCACGCCUCAUACACGCCAAAUAGAACAACGCUAUCUUAUGAACGCCUAGAGUUCUUGGGAGAUGCGAUAUUAGAUUUUCUAAUUACUUGCUACAUAUUCGAGUCUUGCGGUAAUCUGAGUCCAGGGGAAAUAACUGAUUUAAGAUCAGCUUUGGUGAAUAACAACACUUUCGCUAGCUUAAUCGUAAGACACAAUUUGCACAAAUAUUUAUUAAUGAUCAAUAUUAAACUACAAGGGAUGGUAGACCGUUUUGCUGAUUAUUUGUUGGCGAAGAAUGACAUGAUCGACGAAGAAGUGUUAAUCCUUUUAGAAGAAAAAGAUACCGAGGGAUUGAAUUUAGCUGAAUUUGUUGAUGUUCCUAAAGUACUAGGUGAUGUCUUUGAGGCUAUCGCGGGAGCAAUUUAUCUGGACUCGGGCAAAGAUUUAGAAGUUGUUUGGAAAGUUUUUCACCGGCUAAUGUGGCGGGAAAUUGUACAAUUUAGCGCAAAUGUUCCUAAAAAUUUGAUCCGUAGGUUGUACGAGUACAUGCCAAAUGCAUAUCCUGAAUUCGGGUCGCCUGAACAAAUAGAUAGUGAAACUGUCAUGAUACCUCUGCAGUUCAUGAUAGAAGGAAGGCGACAGCAGGUAUUUGGAUUCGGAUCUAACAAACAAUUGGCUAAAAAGGCUGCGGCUAAACUAGCUUUAAGACAAUUAAAUUAAUUUAAAAUUUCUAAUAUUUAAAAUAAUAUUAUAGUUUAUAUUUUGCUGUUUAAGUUAAGUGUUAUAUUUAUGUUACAUAUAUUUAAUUUUUUCCAAUGAACUGAGUCUUAAACUUAGUAUAAGGAGCCAUUUAUGGGCCCGUAUAACUUCAUCUUUUUUUUUUAAACUUCAUUUUUGUGAAUGUAUACAAAGUUUAUUAGUCUCGAUUAUGUUAUCUGUUACAACGUUAUAUCAAAUACAAAUUUAAUCUUAGGGAAAUCUUCAGUAAGACUGUAGAAUUAACUAUAUUUUUUAAAUUUUUUAAUAAAUGUUUAUCUUAA